CCCGUUUCCGGCCCCUUCCGUCCGCGGCCACGCGCCGCCGCUCCCGCCCGGGUCAUGGCGGGGCCGCAGGCGGACCCCGAGCUGGCCAAGCGCCUCUUCUUCGAGGGCGCCGCCGUCGUCGUCCUGGGCGUGCCCGAGGGCACCGAGUUCGGCAUCGACUGCAACAGCUGGACCGCGGGCCCCCGCUUCCGCGGCGUCAAGAUGGUCCCGCCGGGCGUUCACUUCGUGCACUGCAGCGCGGCCCGGACCGACGGCGGCGCUGAGACGGGGCCGCGCGCGGGGCGCUUCCUCUGCCUGCGGCCGCGCCAGGUGCGAGCGCUGCGCUGGGAGCCCGGCAGCGAGGAGCUGCGGGAGGCCGCGCCGGGAGAGGAGGAAGCGCUCGGGCGGGACCUGCGGGAGAUGGACGCGUUCCUCGGGCCGUACCCCUACGAGACCCUGAAGAAGUGGAUCUCCCUCAGCGGCUUCGUCGGCGAAGCGGCGGUGGAGCGGCUGCGGCCGGAGAGCGGGCAGAUCUCCGCCUUCUCGGAGGUGCUGCCGGUGCGGGCGGGGCGGCACGGCCGGGACCGCGCGGGGCAGAAGCUGCCCCCGUACGACGCGGGCUGCGGGAGUUACGCCGAGGGCGUGGCACGGCUGCCCGAGAUGCGGCCGAGAGCGGGCACCGAGAUCCGCUUCACCGAGCUGCCGCGGCAGACGUACCCCGACGGCGCCAGCCCGGAGGAGAUCACCAGGCACAGCAUGGACCUCAGCUACGCGCUGGAGAAGGUGAUCGCGCGGCGCUACGCCGGCCGACCGCAGGAGCUGCUGGCUGAGUUGCAGUUUGCUUUUAUCUGCUUCCUGAUUGGGAAUGUAUACGAUGCAUUUGAGCACUGGAAAAGACUGUUAAACAUCCUGUGCCGUUCUGAAGAGGCCAUUGCAAAGUAUCAAGAGCUUUAUGCCAAUCUCAUCUUCGUCCUGUAUCACCAGCUGAAUGAAAUCCCAUCUGAUUUCUUUGUGGACAUUGUCUCCCAGGACAACUUUCUGACCAGCACCUUGCAGGUGUUUUUUUCCUACGUGUGCAAUGCUGCUGUUGAUGGGGCCUUAAGGAAAAAGGCUGAAAAAUUCAAAGCUCACCUAACAAAGAAAUUUAAGUGGGACUUUGACGCAGAGCCUGAUGAUUGUGCUCCUGUAGUGGUAGAGCUUCCUGAGGGCGUGCUCGCAGACUAACUAAAGUGCUCACAUAGAAACACUUAAAAUCACUUUUACUCCACAACCUUUUCCAGCUUUCUAAGUCAUUUUCUGUCACUAAUUUCUCUUGCUGCUGUAAAGACAGAUUUGGGAAAACUAGGAUUCCUCACCACGUGAGAAGACCAGAAUUGUUGGAGCUGUUUGAACACAGCCACAUGGCUUUGGACACCUUGUUUUUCUUCUAGCCCUUCUGCAACAACUUCUCGCUCUGUACUGAACAGCUCCUUGCUCUGGUCUUAUCUGUCUGGCUGGAGGUGAUGCAUCUCACACCUGGAGCCUGUGCUGCUCUUGUUUGAUGCCUCUGGAGUGAGGAGGGUAAGCUCACAUGACUGGUUAUAGCUUUCAGCAGCCUGAACCUGGGCUCUGACUGGAGAACUUCUACUCUUCCUAGGCUCGAAUUACAGGAAUGUAACCAGAAGCAUUACAAAACUGUGUCAGAUCCUUAGCUGCUUAAUGUGAUUUAUUGCUAUGUUGUGGAGGAGCACUCAAAGCUGCGGCAGAAUUCAUCCCCUUUUAUACCACUAAUACUGAAAUAUCUUUUCCUCUAAUUCUGUUGAAACCUUUUGUACUUACUGCUGACACUCUGUUUAGCAUGAAGUAAAAGAAUGUUAACAGUUUGAUAACAUUCAUUACUGGACAAUAGUCAUCCAGGUUUUGAAGCAGAGGAGAACUAGCAUGAGAUGUGUGUCAGACUUUUACAUGAACUGUACCCUUCUGUUUUGUUGUAAUCAGAAACUUUAAGUACUUUCACAAAAGAUGGUCUCUUCUUUCUCCCCGUCUUCCUUAAGGUAGGUUGUAGGAAAACUCUGUGGGGCUCAUUAGGCCCUGCAGUCUGCUCAUUAACCUUCUCCCCUGGUAGACUUCUUCAAAUAUUUAUCUGUAUGCAUAGCUAACAAGAUAACACUGCUUGUCAUUCUUUUGUACUUAAAAUAAAUCUUCUUAUCU